AAUGUGGAUUUAUUUGCAGUAGGCCUAGCUGAAUAAUCAUUUAUGCAGUUCUUAAGAAAUUAGAAUUAGUCUUAGUACGAGAUACCUUUCAUCUGUCAGAGCGGAAGUGGAUUUUGUACUGACAGCUUUCUAUAGAAAGUAAGAAACCAUUCCUUCGAUGGAGUCGUUAUAUACAAACACAAACAAACUUAUUCAGGAGGUACAAGGGGACCUGGGGAAGUUGGCAAAACAUACCGAUAAAGAUGGGGUUCACCUGUUUGAGAAUGAAAUUCAAGCCAAAAUUGACAUCAUUGUCAGCAACUGUGAACGACUUACCAUUCUAGUCAACAAGGAGCCACCCACAAGAAGAGCCAAUGCAAAACUGCGGGUCGACCAACUGAAAUAUGACUGUCAACAUAUUCAGGCUGGGCUAAGGCAACUACAGCAGAAAAGGUACAUGUUAGAGCAACAGGAACGAGAUAGAGAAGAACUAAUGUCAAGGACCUUUGAAGCCAAUGACCAGGACACGUCUAUCCAGAUUGACCAUGCAGUUCAACACCACGACAGACUAGCCUUCUCAAACAGAGAGGUGGACAACAUGAUUUCAUCAGGUCAUGGAGUCCUGGAAAACUUACGAUCUCAACGCAUAACACUAAAGGGAGCACAAAGGAAAAUUUUAGAUUUAGCGAACACGCUUGGAUUGUCAAAUACAGUAAUGAGACUUAUUGAAAGGAGAACAGUCCAGGAUAAAUUCAUAUUGUAUGGUGGAAUGAUUCUAACCUUAAUAAUCAUGUUUUUGAUAUGGAAAUACUUUUCUUGAUUAAAUUUGUUAUUUUUG